UUAUCGCUAUCGACACGGUCACGCUGGCGGCGUCCUUUGCAAAUUUGUUUUAUUUUUCGUUUUAAUUAAAUUUAUCACUUGUUUGCCCAACUGGCAGAUUCAAUCGGAGCCACCAUGGGCUCCUCCAAGAAGCACAAGAAGAACAAAUCGGAGCGCCGUGAUAAAUAUGAAGAAUAUAGCCAGCACCAGAAUCCGGCCCAGCUGCAGCGUGGACUGAAGCUCAUCCUGAAGGUGGCCACGCCCGAGUACAGCUCCAACAACUCGCACAUGACUUCCAUUGCAGUGGAUGGACCCCCCACGGCGGCCGAGGCCAUGAUGUCGCCGGUGCCGGAUGAGCUGCAGGAGACGGGCGGUCACCGGGAGCGACACAAAAAGUCCAAGAAAAAGAAAAAGAAGAAGGAUCGCGAGAAGAAGCACAAGCACCACAAGGAGAAGCGGCACAAGAGCCGCGACAAACAUCGAGAUGUGGACUCGGUGGAUGAAGAGAUUGCCGCCCUCGACGAUGAUGCGGCCUGCAGUGGUUUCGGGUCGCAGCAGGCGGUCGUACCGCCACCAAUCAUCGACGCCGACUCCAGCCAGGAUGGUUUCAGCUUCAUGGACGACGAUCAGUCGCAGCCGCUGCCAGAGAAUAUACUUUUUUAUGCCGGCAUCACCACCGACAAUUCGCCGUCCAAUUGCCCCGUUAGCAAGCCGAUUGCACCGCGCAAACUGGAUGAGAUACUGAUGGCUUCCUCGCCCGCCUCAUCAUCACUGCCAUCGUCAUCGCUGGGCCUGGCAGGCAGCAGUCCCACCAAGCCAUUGCCAGACCUGCAUAUCCCAUCGCCUUCCACGCCAGGCGGCGCCAGCUCGCAGAAUACGUUGACACCCAAGGCUCUGGAGGCGCCGCGAACUCCCAGCAGCAGCAGUGAGUCCGGGCGCGAGCCACGUAGCUGUGUGCUCAAGCUGAAGCAGCAGAAAUCGCCGCUCAACAAGCUGCUGGAGCAUCUGCUGCGCUUCCUGGAGAAGCGGGAUCCGCAUCAGUUCUUCGCGUGGCCCGUCACAGACGACAUUGCACCCAACUACUCGUCGAUCAUCAGCAAGCCCAUGGACUUCUCCACCAUGCGGCAGAAGAUCGAUGGCCACGAGUACUCGACCCUAACAGAAUUUAGCGAUGAUUUCAAGCUGAUGUGCGACAAUGCCAUCAAGUACAACCACGUGGACACGGUGUACAACAAGGCAGCCAAGAAGCUGCUGCAGGUCGGAAUGAAGCAUUUGCAGCCGGAGAAUAUGAUGAGGAGUCUGAAGCCGCUCUCCGGCUACAUGCGUGAGCUGACGGCCAAGGAGCUGGGCUUUGAGUUGUGCGCAAAUGAGCUGGGCUACGAUCUGCACGAUUCGGCGGAUGAGGGUGCCUCCACGGGCGCAGAGGAGGCACCCACACCCGCUCAACUGGAGGAGGAGGAGCGCAAGCGAGCCUUGCGGCUGGAGAAUGCACCCAAAACCCAUUUCGAGCCGUAUGUGGAUGACCUGACCGGCGAGGAGAUUCUCGCCCAGGUGCAGAACGCCGCACAGCAGGCCAAGCAGCGUGUCAACGCCAAGAGGAAUGCCCACAAAAUGGGUUUUCUGCGUCAAGCGCGUGAUGGCAGCACCACCUUGAAUCUGCUCAUCAAGGAGGAGAACGAGGGCCCCGAGCGGGUCGUAACCAUUGGCGAUCUGGUGGGCAAACUGCAGCGGGGCAGCACACAGCUGCAGAUGCGUCAGGUGGAUAGCCGCAAUGUGGUGAAGCCCGUGAAGCCGCUGAGCUACGGUGCCUAUGCCAGCUUUGCGCCCACCUUCGAUUCGCGCUUCUCCACGCUGAGUGCCGAGGAGACGAAGCUCGUGCUGCGCACUUACGGCGAUGCCUCCAGCGCUGAGUACGCCGAGAGCAUUCUCCAGUUCACCAAGGACUCGAGCUUUGGCACCAACAUAGCCAACGGCCUGCUGGACAUUCUCACCAACGGGGAGCACAGCAAGUCCCUCGACGAGCUCUACAACAUGCAGCUGCACUCGUACGAGCAACAGGAAAUCGAGAAAUGCUUCGACACCGAGGAGUCAUCCCCCUCGCAGUCGCAGCCGCUCGAAACCCAAGAGCAAAUCGAACAGGAAUACGAGAAAUACAAGAACACUCGCGUGGACUUUAAGCGGCUGCAAUCGCUCAAGGAGCUGGGCAUCGAUGUGAGCUUCUUGGACAGCAUGGAGACGGAGAUGAAGAACUUUGAACUCAAUCGCCGUAUGCACGAGCAUCUGAGCAAUAAUCUCACGCUGAUCGAGAAGCUGCGCGUGACCCAGCACGAGCGCCUCUCCCAGCCGCUGCCCAGCCACCUGGGUCUGGUGCAGCCAGCGGGCCAGGAGGAGGCACAAACCGCGCAGCAACUGACACAGCAGAUUAGCGACUUGGCCAAGAAGCUGCCGCCCUCCGCCAUAGCGGAUCCCUUUGCGCUGCGCAAGGCCAUGGGCAUGUCUUAUGCUGGCUUACCGCCACCACCGUCCGCCUCACCGCGCGUCCAAUUGCCGGAACUUCUACAGCAGCCUGUGGCCCUGCCCCAGCUGCCGCCCGUGCCCAUGGACAUUGACGAGCCGGAUGAGCCCAGUGGCGGCGUCGGUGGAGAUCUGGAGAACGAGCUGCGCGAGUUUCUCGAAAGCGGCUCCGGCCUGCACUCAUCCAAUCCAUCCGACGACAACAGCAUUGUGGCCCAACUGCUGCUCAAUUAGAGCGUUGGAUGUGGCUGCGGCUGCCCUGACGCGCGCUAUGUUUAUAAUGUAAGAUAACGAAAGUUUUGCUAAAUUAUUUUCAUAUACAUAUUCAAUCGAAAUUAGCAUUCUGAAUAAAAAUGUAAGCUAGAAAC